AUGCUCGGCAAGAUCGCAUUAGAAGAGGCCUUCGCACUACCACGGUUUGCGGAAAGGACGAGAUGGUGGGCAGGACUGUUCGCCGUCGACCCCGAUAAACAUGCCGCUGAGAUCAACGACAUCACCGAGACGCGGAUAAAGUAUAUGGACAAGUAUGGCGUUGGCUUUCAACUGUUGUCAUAUACCGCCCCUGGUGUCCAGGAUGUCUGGAACAAGGAAGAGGCUGAGGCACUGGCGACCGAGGUCAAUGAUUAUGUUGCUACUGCUAUUAAGUCACAUCCGGAUAGAUUUGGUGCACUUGCGACACUUUCGAUGCACGACCCCAACCAAGCCGCGAACGAGCUACGGCGAGUAGUCAAAGAAUACGGGUUCAAAGGAGCACUCGUCAACGACACGCAACGAGCCGGCGCCGACGGGGACGAUAUGAUCUUCUACGACCAGCCUGAAUGGGACUUGUUCUGGUCGACGGUGACGGAGCUAGAUGUUCCAUUCUACCUGCACCCGCGCAACCCGACAGGAACGAUCCACGACAAGCUCUGGGCUCAGCGGAAAUGGUUGGUCGGACCACCUCUCAGUUUCGCACAGGGCGUCAGUCUGCAUCUCCUCGGCAUGGUCACGAAUGGAGUCUUUGACCGUCACCCAAAGCUUCAGAUCGUCAUUGGCCAUCUUGGUGAACAUCUUCCUUUCGACCUGUGGCGGAUAAAUCACUGGUUUGAGGAUGUAAAGAAACCUCUAGGAUUGAAAGAGACCUGCAAAAAGACCAUUCGCGAGUACUUUGCCCAGAACAUCUGGAUCACCACGAGUGGGCACUUCUCAACGCCCACCUUGCACUACUGUCUCACUGAGGUGGGAGCCGAUCGGAUAUUGUUCUCGAUUGACUAUCCGUUUGAGAACUUUCAUGAUGCGUGUGACUGGUUCGACAAGGCUGAGAUCAACGACGUUGACCGGAGGAAGAUUGGUAAGGAUAAUGCGAAGAAGCUGUUUAAAUUGGGCGAGUACAAGGAUUCGAGUGCGUGA